ACAAUAGUUCGUUUCGAUCUGUGGUUCGUUUUGUAUUGCUGCUUUUGUAAUUAAAAUGAAUGUUAUCUCGUAUUAAUACUUCAAUGAAUGAAUAUUAAAUGUCAAACAAAUUCCUUGAAAUUCAGACUUCAGUGAUCUGUUAACAUAUAACAGUCUUCCACGAAACUCGAAAGUCUAAACUCGUAAGCCGUAAGACCAAAAAUCAAUUUCUGUAGGUGGAUAAAAUCAUUCUUAUUAAAUAAUAAGUAAUCUGCGAUACCGGUGUAAGAUAACCUAUGUGUUAUUUUGUGACUGAUAUCAAUUAUAAAUGGGGGGCAGGUGACUUGGCUGGUGUUAUUGCAAGAGUGGACACUUAUUUUGAAAGGAUAAAGUCAAUAAUUUUGAAUUAGAAUGGCAACGGUACACAAUAAUGUAGUAAGCGGUCCUGAGGAGAGAUCCAUCCCAGCACAUUUAUCAUAUGGCCAAUUUUUAUUUGAUAAAUUAAAAGCAGGAGGAAAUAAUAUCGCACAAAUAUGUGCAGAGACAGGUAACUCUGUGACAUAUAGAAGUAUAUUACAAAGCAGUGUGAACCUAGCUGCAGCUUUACAAAGACUUGGACUAAAGAAGGGGGAUGUAGUAUCGCUCAGUAGUGAAAACCGGUUUGAGUUCACAGUUUCUGCCCUGGCUAUUGUGUACUGUGGUGGGGUACUAUCAACCCUCAAUGUCACUUAUUCACCUGGUGAGAUCACACAUAUUUUAAAUAUUACGAAGCCUAAAUUUAUUUUCACAUCACCCAUCACAGCACAAAACAUUUACGACUGCAGUAAAGAUUUGGCUCACGUAGAGAAACUUAUUUUAUUUGGAGAGUACGAUAUUGUUCCUGGAGUGUUUUAUAACGACUUGGUAAAGAACGAAGUACCGAUUGAUGACUUUACAUUAGUAGAUGUGAAUGGUUUGGAGGAUACACUUGCUGUUAUGUGUUCGUCUGGUACCACAGGACUGCCUAAAGGUGUAAUGCUGACACAUGUGAACUUUCUUACAUUAGCUGUGCAUAUGAAGUAUUACUUGGAGACAUCUCAACAGAAUCACAAGCAUAAGGUGACCAGGGCGCUGUCCCUGAUCCCGUGGUUCCACGCCUACGGCUUCAUAACCACUUUGGCCAUCAUGUGCAUGCAUAUUGAGAUUGUAUUCCUGGUCCGGUUUGAAGAAGAACAAUUCCUGGAAACCAUACAGAAGUAUAAGAUAAACAUGGCGACGCUGGUGCCCCCGCUGGCGGUGUUCCUCGCGAAGCACCCGCUGGUGCCGCGCUACGACCUGAGCUCGCUCAACGAGGUGUGGUGCGGGGCGGCGCCGCUCUCCAGGGAGAUACAAGCCGCUGUGUCACAAAGGUCUGGCAUCGGCUUCAUCAGACAGGGCUACGGGCUCACCGAGGUGACGAUGGCGUGCUGCGUGGACCUCACCAACUCGGGGCAGAAACAGGGCUCCUGCGGCAUCCCCGCGCCCGGCAUGAAGAUAAAAGUAUUGGACAUAGACAACGGCAAGAAACUCGGCCCAAACCAAGAGGGCGAGCUUUGGAUCAAGUCCCCGCUGCGGAUGAAGGGCUACAUGGGCGACCGGGCGGCGAGCGACGCCCUGUUCGACGCGGAGGGCUAUGUGCAGACCGGCGACAUCGGCUACUACGACAGUGACGGGUUCUUCUACAUCGUGGACCGGCUCAAAGAGCUCAUCAAGUAUAAGGGAUUCCAGGUGGCGCCCGCGGAGCUGGAGGCGCUGGUGCUGCAGCUGGCCGGCGUGGCGGAGUGCGGCGUGGUGGGGCGCAGCGACGAGCUCGCCGGCGAGCUGCCCGUCGCCUUCGUCGUGCCGCAGCCCGGCCGCAGCCUCACCGCGCAGCAGAUACAAGACUACGUCGCCUCCAAGGUUUCACCAGCAAAACACUUGCGAGGUGGAGUUAUAUUUGUGGACGAAAUACCAAAGAAUCCUUCGGGUAAAAUUCUGAGGAAGGAACUAAGAAAAAUGUUGGACGACAAAGUUAAAAGUAAACUUUGAUGACAAAGUUCAAAGUUAAGUUAGUAAUAUUUGCCAACUUUGCGCAUUUAUAAUAUUUUAUGAUACUUUUCGUAUAUUUAUUAUCUUAUAUAUAAAAUUCUCGUGUCACAAUGUUUGUUCUCAUACUCUUCCAUAACAGCUUUGCAAGCCUUAUAGUUUGUGCCGGUUUUUGUGAAACGAUUUGGAUGAAAUUUCUAGUGCGUCACCAGCCAAACAUACAGCUUGUAGACCAGAAUCUCAAAUGUUACCACCGAGAUUCUGGCUUUCGGAUCUAUACCCGUAGGAGGAUGUGGGGUUAAGUAAACAAAAAAAACACUUUUACAGUAAUCACCGGUAUUUGGCUUCUAUAUUUUUAGAUGAACCUUUUUUUUACAAUAUAAAAGUAAUGCUAAACCCUUGAGAAACCCUAAAAGGACAAAAUAUUAAUGGGUUAAAUUACAUAAAAAAAACCAGGUUUCCUAAAUGUUAAGUUACUUUGUACAUACUUUGUAAAUAAACAGUGGUUAUCUCAAAUAUUUGUUUUAUUAUACCAAUCCUUGGGGAUUAGAUGGUGUCGAUAUAGCGUUUGGAUUUUUGUUGACCAAACCACUGCCACGGCUAGGUAUUUAAAGUGGGUCCGUCGAACAACGCACUAGAAGUUAUGAAUUCACAUCGCUACCAGCCAAAUCCACAAGGAUGAUUCCAUUUAAGUUCGCUUAGCAAUUACACACGUUUAUACUAAAGGGACAACAAACACGUUGCAUUUUAAACACUCACGAAAGAGGUCUAGUUAUCUCUAAAUCUUAUUGUAAUCUGAACGGUAUAUCCGAAUCACCACCAACAAUUAAUGUAACGCAUCCUUUUAAAAAAAAACAAUAUAUAAAAAUAGAAGUUUUAGCAUGACUCCAUUUAACAAAAGAAAGAAUAGGUACGACCUGACGUUUAUGAUGGAAGCUGACACCACGCGGUCGCUGACCUUGCUGUUGCAUUCAUCCGUCCGUCAUUUUGUCUGGCGGCCAGCGAACCUCCAAGAUUUACGCCGCUAACAGCAUGCUACUCGACGCGUGCAAAUGAUUAAAUGUAAUAGUCAACUCAGGUUCCAUAAAAAUGUUCCAAGAAUGACCAAAGGUUUCAGAACCGGCGUUUCAAAUGUCUACAACCAAUCUACGUUUCUACAUAAUAACGUGGUUGUAUUAAGAAGAAGUGUGAUUACAUUAGGUCACGUAUAUAGGUUAGGUUAAGUUCAGAAUAUAUUACAUUCCCAUCCUUAAAAGGAUAUCCCGCCCUAGUUCCCAGUAGGUAGCCAUCUUAACAUCUCACGGGAAAUUUUUAUGGUUGACCGGAACUGCAAGAAUUUGUCUCUUUAGCACAACAAAAUUCGAUAAUCACGAAUGCUAACCAAAUAUAAAUUCGAGUCUUACCAAGUAUCUUACAUCACUGCCUCUAAGUAAAUUUAAUGUUUUGGAAAGUCAACUACAUGUCUCCAAAUUUCAGCCAGCCAAAAGAAAAAACUCGAACGUGCCCGAGUAUAUAACGAGAAGAUAACGGGACUUUCUUCAUAAAAAACCUCACCAAUAGCAAAGCUAUAAAGUUACCGAUUCAUCUUUCUUACAGAGUACAAUCAACAAAUUGCACAGAUAAUAUGUGACAUUUGUUUUUAAAGUCGGUUUCGGAUUCCAUACCUUUCGUUACUUGUGGAAUACCUCUAACCAUAUAUUAAGUCUAUAUACAGAUUAUAAAGCUCCAACUACUUGUCCAUAUUUAUUUGUCUGAGCACUUUAAUAUAAGCGCCAUCUAGCAGCGAACCUCGUAAUCUCUACGACAUUCAUCGAUGUCGCUGCCUUUCGAAACAAACCUAGAGAUUCCAAAUUUGACCACCCAAAAUUAAAAUCCACGACGUUACAAUACCCCCCAAAAUAGUAGAAGUUUUUUGCUACCAAAAAACUUUCGCUGCCCUCAGCGCUCUAAGAAGCAAUCAUCUGUAACGACGUUAUAAAAAAAAAAAAAAAAAAACACUCUAUGCUAACACUGAUAAUGGAAUAAAACACUCAUCUAAACUACAUAAAGAAAAUAUAAGUAAAAGAAAAAAAAAAUAUAUAUA